AUUUUAGUGCUUGAUACCAAAAAUGAAGUAGGUCCAAUUAUCAGGUGAACCAAAUCAUAGGAAACGGUGGUGAUUGAUCAUUAAUGGGCCACAAAAGUUUUGGAUCAAGCCUAUAUUUGUUCUUUCCCUUUAUCCAAGCUUAUGUGACCUUAUCAAUGGAUUGGAUGGAAAAUAAACACUACGAAAACGUUAAGGUGCACCCUAAGAAGUUUUUUAUGGUAGGGUGUUCAAUCACCACUGUUUCUUAGAGUAUGGUUCACUUGAGUUUUGGAUCUUAUUUAUUUUUGAGCUCAUGCCCUAAAAUGAUUUGGAAAAACAAAUGGACGGCAUGGAUAUAUUAUAGAUACAUUAAGGUCUGUCCCAUGGUGAGGGCUGCAUCGCCUUGGGUGGGGCUGGGUCUCACCUAAUCCGCUCCCAUCACUUGGGAGAAAAAGGGCCUUUUGCUUAGAGAGACUUCUAGCAACAUUUGGGGUUUUUCUUUCUUGGAGAAGGGGAGGGGUUGUAGCUGAAGAAGAUCAAGAGCCUUCUACCACCGAAAUCUUCACAUAUGGGUUUAUGUUGUCUUAAAGCUUAUCAUCCUGAAUGUGUGGGCAAGGAUUCCACAUUCUUGGAGACGGGCAAUCGAUGGACUUGUAGUUGGCAUUCCUGCCUUAUCUGCCAUAAAAGCUCAAAGCUUCAAUGCUUCUGCUGUCCAAACUCAGUUUGCCGAGCAUGUACAAGAGCUGCAGCGGUUGUGCAUGUUAAAAGGAAAAAAGGCUUCUGCACUAACUGCUUAAGACUUGCUCUACUGAUAGAAGAAAACCUGGAUGUCGAUUCCGAUGGUGGUAAAGUGGAUUUUAAUGACACAGAGACGUAUGAAUUUUUGUUUAAGGAAUACUGGGAUUUGAUAAAGCAGCAUGAAGGCUUAUCAGUUCAAGAUCUUCAUGCUGCAGAUGCCCUAUUGAAGAAGGGUGAGAACUAUGAGGAACUCUCUGAAGAUGAAAGGGAUUUAAUCUUUGAUGUUGGUAAAAUGGACCAAAAAAGUGAUGAUGAGUUUCCAUUAAUUGGAAAAUUCGCAGAACAAGAUGUUUGGACGAAGACGGGAAGAAAGAAGUAUACAUCCAGAAGAAAGGAGUUCAGUGGUUGGGGGUCAGCUAAACUCAUAGAUUUCCUCAGAUCUAUUGGUAGAAAUGUAGACAAACCUUUCUCCCAGGAUGAAGUCUAUGACAUCAUACACAGUUACAUACAUGAGAACAAGCUUCGUCAUCCACAGAAAAAAAAGAAGGUGAUAUGUGACGAGAAUUUGCGCUUGCUUUUCGGAAGGAAGUCAUUUAGCCGCCUUAGGAUCUCUGGUUUGUUGGAAUCCCAUUUUGCUGAAAAUCAGAAAUCGGAUAAUGGAUCUCCUGAUGUCUCAGAAGACGAGGACGCUACAGUGGCAUGCAAUAGGCCACAGAGGUCAAGAUCUGAAGUAAAAACUCACAUUUCAGGGCUGAAUGAGUUGAAGGAAAAGGUUUCUGAAGCUCAUAAAAACUGUUUUGCCUCUAUCACAGCAAACAACAUAAAGCUAGUUUACUUGAGGAGGAGUUUGGUUGAGGAGUUUCUGAAGAACCUGGAGACAUUUGAAAAUAAAGUGAUGGAUUGCUUCGUAAGAGUCAAAUCUGAUCCCAAUGGCUUCUAUUUGCCAAAAACGUAUUUUCAGCUUGUGCAAAUUACUGGCAUAAAGAGGGCUUCUGAGUCUUACAAGACAGGAGAGAUUAGUACAGAUAUUGUCCUGAAGGUGUCCAAUCUGAUGAAGGAUAUUCGCAUUUGCAUGGUAUCAGACGAUGACUUCUCCGAGGAAGAAUGUGAGGAUCUACGUUACAGAAUGAAAGAAGGCCAUCUUAAAAGGCCCACUGUGGGAGAGCUGGAUGAGAAGGCAAAAAUCAUACAUGAGGAUUUGACCAAUCACUGGAUUGACAGAGAAAUUGUAAUGUUACAAAACCGGAUUGAUCGAGCGAAUGAAAAGGGAUGGCGCAGAGAGCUUUUUGAAUACAUUGAGAGAAAAGAGCUGCUUCAGACUCCCUCAGAGCGGUUGAGACUGUUGAAGGAGCCUCCAAAAGUUGCUGCAGAGGAAGAAACAGAGCGUGAAGACCCCCCAAAUUCUCCCACAGAUGCAGAAAGAGUAAAUGAAGGGAAUGAAGCUUCUGCCAAUGAUAUGGGUCAAGAAGUUUCUGCUAAUCUUAUGGUGGAAGAAAGAGAAAAUGAAGGAAAUGGACCUGUAUCCCAUUACAACGUGGAUUUGGCAGGAAAUGGAGCUGUAUCCCUUCACAACGUGAAUGUUAUGCUUGAUUUGGCAGGAAAUGGAGCUGUAUCCCAUCAGAAUCCUAGAAAGAGAGGGCGGCCUAAAGGGAACCGAGCUGCCUCCAAAAAGAGGGCCGCUGAAAUAGAAGGUGAAGGAAAGACAGGAACUGAAGAUUCAAUAAGUUCGAUAUAUUCCUUUUUCUUUGGGAAUGGAACUGCUUCUGGCAAGAAAGUUGUUGAAAGAGAAACUGAAGGGAAAGUAGCUGUCUCUAUAGUUCCAAGACAGCUUGACUUUGGGUAUGAAGAUGCCAUCAUCGAGAAAGCUGCUGAAAGAGAAGAUGAAGGGAUUGGAGCUGCCUCUAGGUCCCCUACAGUUUCAAGGCAGCAAGACAGUGAGUUUCUAAAGAAGGGAAGCGAUUUCGGUAACCUAAACCUGUCCGCGAAAUGUUCAUUAAGAUGGUGGUUUGAUAAAGUAAAGAGUGGUUUAAAAAAGAAUGAGACUAGGUUAAGUCUAUUUAAGAAGUCCCCAUUUUCUUUCUUGUUAGACAUUCCAUCAUUUAGAUUUAUAGGAGCUCUGUCACACUUUCUUUUUUUGAGACACAAAGGUGAUCUUGUAUUUGAGAUACGGGGGAAGCUUUUGAAAUUUACGGAGAUGGAUUUCGCCCUUAUAACAGGGCUUAAGACUGGAGAUCUUUCUAUACCCAAAAUAGGGACUAGUAAGAAGUCAAUAAGAGAAAAGUACUUGAACAAAAAAUAUCCCAUAUUAAAGAAACAUCUGGGAGAGGUGUUUGAUAAGAUAGUUGACACCAAUAAGCAUGAAGAUGUUGUGAAGGUUGCCUUAUUAAUGUGUGUAGAGUUGUUUAUUAGGGGAACUGACACCAAAAUUAUCUGCAAAUCAGAGUAUAUUGACUUGGUUGACUCUUUAGAAGAGUUCAAUAGGUAUCCUUGGGGUAGUUUGGCAUUCAAGACAAUGAGUGAAGGGGUUGAAGGAGCCGUGAAGGCAUCACAUAGAACAGGGAAUACCUACAAUGUCUACGGCUGCAUCUUUCCGCUGCAAAUAUGGGCCAUUGAGAGAGUACCGGCCCUUAGAGACUAUGUGAUUUCAUAUGUUUCCUCCCAAAUUCCACGCUUCAUUCAAUAUCGAGGCUGGAAGGGCUGGAGGUACAACACAAUAUACAACAUCUUUGAGAGUGAAGACACCAAAGUUAUCCUUACCUUGGAACCCACCAGUCAAGAACUCGAGACGGAGGCCAUUCGUUUGAUCCGUGAAAAGUUUGAAGGCAUUGAAGCGGGUUAUAUUGAAAGGACGGUAAAGGGAAAUGGGGAAGACAAUGAUGAUGAUGAGGAAGAUGGGGAAGAUAAAGAUGAGGAGGAGGAAGAAGACGGGGAAGGAGAGGGAGAGAAGAAGGGUAAGGGAUAUAAAUUGGUUGAAGAGUUGAAGAAGGAGAGAGAAUGGUUAAAAGAGGAGAGGGAAGAACUGAAGAAGGAGAGGAAAUGGUUAAAAGAGGAGAGGGAAGAAUUGAAGAAGGAGAGGAAAUGGUUAAAAGAGGAGAGGGAAUGGUUGAAGAAGGAGAUGGAAGCGUUGAAGAAAGGGAGGGAAGGGUUAAAAGAGGAGAUGGAAUGGUUGAAGAAGAAGAGGGAAUGGUUAAAAGAGGAGAGGGAAUGGAUGAAAAAGGAGAGGGAAGAGUUGAAGAUGGAGAAGGAAGAGUUGAAGAAGGAGGGGGUUAAAGGAGUUAGAAGAGGACUCCCAUAAGAAGAACCACAGCAUCAGCAGUCAGCAGAAAUCAAGGAUACCGUGAGAGAAAAGGAUGUCAUUCAUUUAGAUGAGGAAGAUGAAGAUCCAGAUGAUGCCGCCGACGGAACUAAGGAAGCGAAUGCAUCAAUUCCUGUCA